AUGCUCGAGGCCGAUGAGGAGCGGGGAGCCUGUGGCCGGUUCCCCUACAUUGUGUCCAUCCGUGACAAGAGCAAUGACCACAAGUGUGCAGGUGUUCUUAUUCACCAUCGUUGGGUGCUGACAUCAGCACAGUGCGUGGACCCCGGAGUCCAGGCUGAUGCUGUGGUGUCACCACAGUCACUGACCGUGGUGGUUGGGGGAUGUAAUCUGAAAGAUGAACUCCCAGCCAAGAAUGCAGAAGGCCAGAAAGUCGAGGUUUUCGAACUUAACAAUUUCUUCGUCCACGAAAACUGGACUGGCAGCUACGAGAAUGGUUCAGACAUCGCCCUGCUCCUCCUAAAUGGCUCUUCAAAGCAUGUACCCCUGGCCAUGCCGCAGGGAAUCAAGGGCCUGUUCGCAACGGACAGGGUGUACUUCGUCGGAUGGGGCCGAGACGAGGCCGGACGGCUUGCAGAAGACCUCAGGGUGGACGGCGACAUCCACAUAGUGGAUAACAGGUUCUGCGACGGGGACGACGCGUGGCCGUUCCUUAAGGAUUCCAUGGUGUGCGCCCUGGGCGUCAACAGGCCGCCGGAUUUGUGCGCCGGAAACAUAGUGAUGCCGUGA